CGGAACUCGGGGCUGGGAGGCAGCGGACGCACGGUCCUCAGUGUCCCAGCCGAGACCAGCCUCGUUGGUCGCCGCUAUGGGGCAGAUCGAGUGGGCCAUGUGGGCCAACGAGCAGGCGCUGGCGUCCGGCCUGAUCCUCAUCACGGGUGGCAUCGUGGCCACUGCCGGCCAGUUCACUCAAUGGUACUUUGGCGCCUACUCCAUCGUGGCAGGUGUGUUCAUCUGCCUCCUGGAGUACCCCCGGGGGAAGAGGAGAAAGGGCUCCACCAUGGAGAGAUGUGGACAGAAGUACAUGACGAAAGUGGUGAAGUUGUUCGGGCCCCUCUCCAGGAAUUACUACUUCCGUGCCUUCCUGCACCUCGGGCUCUCAGUACCGGCUGGCUUCCUGCUUGCCACCAUCCUGGGCACAGCCUGCUUGGCCAUUGCGAGCGUCAUCUAUCUGCUGGCAGCCACCCGUGGUGAGCAGUGGACCCCCAUCGAGCCCAAGCCCAAAGAGCGGCCACAGGUUGGAGGCACCAUCAAGCAGCCGCCCAGCAACCCCCCACCCCGGCCGCCCGCUGAGGCCCGCAAGAAGCCCAGCGAGGAGGGGGAGGAGGUGGUGGCGGGGGCUCCCAGCGGCCCCCAGGAAAACCCCAUUCCAGUGACAGAUGAGGUCGUGUGACAGACACCGUGAGCUGCUCCCCGAGUGGCUGCUGUCUCGAGUAGCUCUUCUGGGGGGGCACCCAAACGCAGAGGGUACCCCCUUUCCUGCCCUGCAGAACCACAAGCCCCCUUUUGGUGUCAUUCGAAGCAGCCUGUCAUCCUUCUCCAGAAAUUAUGGAGCAUCUUCUAGUUCAUGAAAUACAGUAUCUGGAAUUCCAAGUA